AUGGCGUUUGCUGAUUUGAUGUUAGGAAGCUGCUCCGUACCCAUCUAUAUUUAUUAUGUUGGAGAAGCCUAUCAGCUUUGGACAGGAAAUUAUGGCUUUCAUCUGGUCUUCAGAUUUACCGAUACCAUUUUUUCGUUCGGCUCAUAUCUAUCUACGGUCUAUAUAUCCUGUGAGAGAUUUUACGCCGUAUAUUGGCCUUUUAAACAUCGAUCACUGUCAACCAGAACAUACCGCAUCGCCAUUUUCAUACUUUGGACACUCGCUGUCUUGCUUUCUACAAUACUAAAUUUGUUAUCUGUUUUUAGUUCAUUUGAAACUGCUCAUUAUACGGGAGUCGCCGUUGUGUUGUGUCUAACAACCAUUUUAUUUGUCUGUAACAUUGGGAUCUGGCGAAAUUUUCAAUGGGGAAGUGUUCCUUCACAACAGCAAAACAGAGUCUCGCAAAGCAAACGCUUAACAAAGAUCCUUUUUUAUGUAUCAAUGUUAGCUUUAAUAAGUUGGCUCCCCUUGCUUAUCAUAAACGUUUUAGUCUUUAAAACUGUUAUAAAGAAUAAGGUUAUUUUCGCGGUGAACAUUUUAAAUUAUUCUAGCUCUUUUUUAAAUCCAGUUGUCUAUGCACUGAGAAUUCCUGAGUUUCAGCAAGUGCUACGUUUGUGUUGCACUAAGAAGAGAAGAGCCAUGAAGACGGGACAAAUCGAUAGAAUAUACCGAACUGCUGUACUUAGAACGCCGGAGAUAGAGCUAAGAAUAUGUAGCACUGAAACCACUCGGCUGCAAUUAGGAGUGCGGACGAUGGCGAGUACUCAGGAUCUUUCCGCGGUUCUAAAGUCGUAUCGACAAAAAAUGCAUGCUGUUCAUGCUCGCGUAAAGUAUCAGGAAAAUGUGUUGAAGGAAUAUAAAAAACAUGCCGAGAAUGAAACGUUCCCCAAAAGAUUGAAAUCAAUGAAACAUUACCCUAAGAUGCAAACUCCUGAAGCUCAGAAACGUGUCAAUGAAGCAUACUAUCAAGUAGAAUGUACGGUCUUAGAUCAAGCGAUUCAAGAGAUUGAAAAGAAUCUUGCCGUACACAAAGAACAAUAUCAAUCCCUGCUACAACAGCGACAAAGUGAGUGA